CAGCAGUCCAGCUAUGCCACAUGUCCUUGAUGCCAUUGGAGAUGUCAAAAUCAACAACUUCAUUAAUGCACAGCUGAACGACGCCAGUUUCGUGGCCAAGUUGUUCCAGAAGAUGCUCCGUCCAUUCUUGGCAUCUCCAUCUAGGAAUUUCCUCUCCUGUCUCAGCUCAAAGAACUUCAGUUGUCAGACCUACCAAAUUGUCAUUGAUGCUCUAAGCAACCAAUCAGCCUCCAUGGACAGAGAGCAACAACAAUUGAUCUUCACUCAUUACAUCUAUCCAUUCCUUUCAAGAAAUGACUCAUCAGAUCCCGGCUGUGUCUCAAACACCAGUGGAAGCAUGGACUGGCUCCAGAGGAACUUUGGCAUCUUUUCUGUUUUUGCAGAACUGCAGGAGUUACAACUCCUCAAUCCUGACUUCUCCAGCAAGGAAUCACUGUCGCUGCUUACCCCAACCCAAUUGGCACAGUUGACAUUGACCUCUGGGCCAUUGAAUGACACAGAUGACAUUAAACUUGUGUUUAAGCGGCUGGAGGAAGGAGACGCUUUCAAAAAUGUUGACGAGUUUCUGACGCAACUGACCGCAAAGGAAGAGAUUCCCGACAUCCAUCCAGCCGUGAGAGAUGUGAUGAUGAAUCAGACAUUCAACAUCAUCAGCCUUCAAUUCCCAGAGUUCGAAACGAUGGACUGGAUUGCAUGGUUUGAAGUAAAGCUGAUUCCCAUCCUCCCCAGUUUUAAUGAAGUCAUGCUCACCAUUGCUACCUCAAACGUCAACUGCACCAACUACCAAGUCAUUGUAAAUGGAAUGGACAGCGCUUUCCCUGAAAUGACUCAGGAUAGAAGAGAAGGAAUCGCAAGAGUCCUGCUGAAAUACCUGAGGAAAUCUGUACACCUCAUCAACGAACCAGCUUGCAGGCAGGACAUCCACGAUGACAAUGACUGGCUUGCAAUCAACCUGGGUUCAUACUCCAAGUACACAACCUAUUCGGAUCUCAAAGACUUCAACAUCUCAGGGGUGGCAGUUCUAGACUCCCUCUCACCAAACCAGAAAGCUGAAUUGAUACUGGACCCAAGCACUGGCGCUCUGGAGAAUGAGACUCUUGUGAAGAACAUUUUCAUCAGCUUGCUGGAAUCUCCAAGGGAAGAGCAGCUCAAUGAGUUCUUUGUGACUUUUGUUGAAGUCACCAAGCAGGAAAACAUCACUAUCAUCACAAACACGGCCGUAAGAGACACAAUGCUAAACCUGACCUUGAUGGCUCUUGCUCCCAAAUUUGACGUUUUUGAGCCAAAAGACUUCCAGCUGUGGUUCCAAGUCAAUCUGGUUGUUCUGCUGGCCAGCUUCCAUCCUGGCAGAUUGGUUGAUAUCCCCCUAAACAUCACCUGUGAAUCCUACAAUGCCAUAUUUACGGGUCUCGACCAAAGUUUGGAAUCUCUUCCGCCUCACCUCUCACAGGGUGUACAGUCAAGCUUGGAUGCACUGAUGAAGACAUUCCAACGUUGCUCAAGGCCUCCAGCUUUAAUUGUGUGCAAAGAAACAUUGGUCAAUGAGAAACAACUUUGUGCUGGAUUUAACAGCACACAACUGAAGCAACAAAUGUCGAUUGGCAAUUCCUCUGAGUUCCUUUGCAAUUUCAACAUCUCUGAAUAUGCCUGUUCCUCAACAACCCUUCUGUCAGCGGACAACUUGGUGACGAUCCUGAAAUGCCAAUUGUCGAGCAAAAAGACUUACUCAGCAGAAAUGUGGAAGCUGUUCUUCCAAAACAAUGCUGCUGUUCUGGACCAGGCUCUUCUGGAUUACUCCAGCAUGAACCCCAACAUCAGCAGUCCAGCUAUGCCACAUGUCCUUGAUGCCAUUGGAGAUGUCAAAAUCAACAACUUCAUUAAUGCACAGCUGAACGACGCCAGUUUCGUGGCCAAGUUGUUCCAGAAGAUGCUCCGUCCAUUCUUGGCAUCUACAUCUAGGAAUUUCCUCUCCUGUCUCAGCUCAAAGAACUUCAGUUGUCAGACCUACCAAAUUGUCAUUGAUGCUCUAAGCAACCAAUCAGCCUCCAUGGACAGAGAGCAACAACAAUUGAUCUUCACUCAUUACAUCUAUCCAUUCCUUUCAAGAAAUGACUCAUCAGAUCCCGGCUGUGUCUCAAACACCAGUGGAAGCAUGGACUGGCUCCAGAGGAACUUUGGCAUCUUUUCUGUUUUUGCAGAACUGCAGGAGUUACAACUCCUCAAUCCUGACUUCUCCAGCAAGGAAUCACUGUCGCUGCUUACCCCAACCCAAUUGGCACAGUUGACAUUGACCUCUGGGCCAUUGAAUGACACAGAUGACAUUAAACUUGUGUUUAAGCGGCUGGAGGAAGGAGACGCUUUCAAAAAUGUUGACGAGUUUCUGACGCAACUGACCGCAAAGGAAGAGAUUCCCGACAUCCAUCCAGCCGUGAGAGAUGUGAUGAUGAAUCAGACAUUCAACAUCAUCAGCCUUCAAUUCCCAGAGUUCGAAACGAUGGACUGGAUUGCAUGGUUUGAAGUAAAGCUGAUUCCCAUCCUCCCCAGUUUUAAUGAAGUCAUGCUCACCAUUGCUACCUCAAACGUCAACUGCACCAACUACCAAGUCAUUGUAAAUGGAAUGGACAGCGCUUUCCCUGAAAUGACUCAGGAUAGAAGAGAAGGAAUCGCAAGAGUCCUGCUGAAAUACCUGAGGAAAUCUGUACACCUCAUCAACGAACCAGCUUGCAGGCAGGACAUCCACGAUGACAAUGACUGGCUUGCAAUCAACCUGGGUUCAUACUCCAAGUACACAACCUAUUCGGAUCUCAAAGACUUCAACAUCUCAGGGGUGGCAGUUCUAGACUCCCUCUCACCAAACCAGAAAGCUGAAUUGAUACUGGACCCAAGCACUGGCGCUCUGGAGAAUGAGACUCUUGUGAAGAACAUUUUCAUCAGCUUGCUGGAAUCUCCAAGGGAAGAGCAGCUCAAUGAGUUCUUUGUGACUUUUGUUGAAGUCACCAAGCAGGAAAACAUCACUAUCAUCACAAACACGGCCGUAAGAGACACAAUGCUAAACCUGACCUUGAUGGCUCUUGCUCCCAAAUUUGACGUUUUUGAGCCAAAAGACUUCCAGCUGUGGUUCCAAGUCAAUCUGGUUGUUCUGCUGGCCAGCUUCCAUCCUGGCAGAUUGGUUGAUAUCCCCCUAAACAUCACCUGUGAAUCCUACAAUGCCAUAUUUACGGGUCUCGACCAAAGUUUGGAAUCUCUUCCGCCUCACCUCUCACAGGGUGUACAGUCAAGCUUGGAUGCACUGAUGAAGACAUUCCAACGUUGCUCAAGGCCUCCAGCUUUAAUUGUGUGCAAAGAAACAUUGGUCAAUGAGAAACAACUUUGUGCUGGAUUUAACAGCACACAACUGAAGCAACAAAUGUCGAUUGGCAAUUCCUCUGAGUUCCUUUGCAAUUUCAACAUCUCUGAAUAUGCCUGUUCCUCAACAACCCUUCUGUCAGCGGACAACUUGGUGACGAUCCUGAAAUGCCAAUUGUCGAGCAAAAAGACUUACUCAACAGAAAUGUGGAAGCUGUUCUUCCAAAACAAUGCUGCUGUUCUGGACCAGGCUCUUCUGGAUUACUCCAGCAUGAACCCCAACAUCAGCAGUCCAGCUAUGCCACAUGUCCUUGAUGCCAUUGGAGAUGUCAAAAUCAACAACUUCAUUAAUGCACAGCUGAACGACGCCAGUUUCGUGGCCAAGUUGUUCCAGAAGAUGCUCCGUCCAUUCUUGGCAUCUACAUCUAGGAAUUUCCUCUCCUGUCUCAGCUCAAAGAACUUCAGUUGUCAGACCUACCAAAUUGUCAUUGAUGCUCUAAGCAACCAAUCAGCCUCCAUGGACAGAGAGCAACAACAAUUGAUCUUCACUCAUUACAUCUAUCCAUUCCUUUCAAGAAAUGACUCAUCAGAUCCCGGCUGUGUCUCAAACACCAGUGGAAGCAUGGACUGGCUCCAGAGGAACUUUGGCAUCUUUUCUGUUUUUGCAGAACUGCAGGAGUUACAACUCCUCAAUCCUGACUUCUCCAGCAAGGAAUCACUGUCGCUGCUUACCCCAACCCAAUUGGCACAGUUGACAUUGACCUCUGGGCCAUUGAAUGACACAGAUGACAUUAAACUUGUGUUUAAGCGGCUGGAGGAAGGAGACGCUUUCAAAAAUGUUGACGAGUUUCUGACGCAACUGACCGCAAAGGAAGAGAUUCCCGACAUCCAUCCAGCCGUGAGAGAUGUGAUGAUGAAUCAGACAUUCAACAUCAUCAGCCUUCAAUUCCCAGAGUUCGAAACGAUGGACUGGAUUGCAUGGUUUGAAGUAAAGCUGAUUCCCAUCCUCCCCAGUUUUAAUGAAGUCAUGCUCACCAUUGCUACCUCAAACGUCAACUGCACCAACUACCAAGUCAUUGUAAAUGGAAUGGACAGCGCUUUCCCUGAAAUGACUCAGAAUAGAAGAGAAGGAAUCGCAAGAGUCCUGCUGAAAUACCUGAGGAAAUCUGUACACCUCAUCAACGAACCAGCUUGCAGGCAGGACAUCCACGAUGACAAUGACUGGCUUGCAAUCAACCUGGGUUCAUACUCCAAGUACACAACCUAUUCGGAUCUCAAAGACUUCAACAUCUCAGGGGUGGCAGUUCUAGACUCCCUCUCACCAAACCAGAAAGCUGAAUUGAUACUGGACCCAAGCACUGGCGCUCUGGAGAAUGAGACUCUUGUGAAGAACAUUUUCAUCAGCUUGCUGGAAUCUCCAAGGGAAGAGCAGCUCAAUGAGUUCUUUGUGACUUUUGUUGAAGUCACCAAGCAGGUCAGUACAUCACUCUCUGGCUGGAAUGGACCUUGUACAAUUUACGGGUCUCGACCAAAGUUUGGAAUCUCUUCCGCCUCACCUCUCACAGGGUGUACAGUCAAGCUUGGAUGCACUGAUGAAGACAUUCCAACGUUGCUCAAGGCCUCCAGCUUUAAUUGUGAUCCCGGCUGUGUCUCAAACACCAGUGGAAGCAUGGACUGGCUCCAGAGGAACUUUGGCAUCUUUUCUGUUUUUGCAGAACUGCAGGAGUUACAACUCCUCAAUCCUGACUUCUCCAGCCGGCUGGAGGAAGGAGACGCUUUCAAAAAUGUUGACGAAGUUUCUGACGCAACUGACCGCAAAGGAAGAGCCGUGAGAGAUGUGAUGAUGAAUCAGACAUUCAACAUCAUCAGCCUUCAAUUCCCAGAGUUCGAAACGAUGGACUGGAUUGCAUGGUUUGAAGUAAAGCUGAUUCCCAUCCUCCCCAGUUUUAAUGAAGUCAUGCUCACCAUUGCUACCUCAAACGUCAACUGCACCAACUACCAAGUCAUUGUAAAUGGAAUGGACAGCGCUUUCCCUGAAAUGACUCAGGAUAGAAGAGAAGGAAUCGCAAGAGUCCUGCUGAAAUACCUGAGGAAAUCUGUACACCUCAUCAACGAACCAGCUUGCAGGCAGGACAUCCACGAUGACAAUGACUGGCUUGCAAUCAACCUGGGUUCAUACUCCAAGUACACAACCUAUUCGGAUCUCAAAGACUUCAACAUCUCAGGGGUGGCAGUUCUAGACUCCCUCUCACCAAACCAGAAAGCUGAAUUGAUACUGGACCCAAGCACUGGCGCUCUGGAGAAUGAGACUCUUGUGAAGAACAUUUUCAUCAGCUUGCUGGAAUCUCCAAGGGAAGAGCAGCUCAAUGAGUUCUUUGUGACUUUUGUUGAAGUCACCAAGCAGGAAAACAUCACUAUCAUCACAAACACGGCCGUAAGAGACACAAUGCUAAACCUGACCUUGAUGGCUCUUGCUCCCAAAUUUGACGUUUUUGAGCCAAAAGACUUCCAGCUGUGGUUCCAAGUCAAUCUGGUUGUUCUGCUGGCCAGCUUCCAUCCUGGCAGAUUGGUUGAUAUCCCCCUAAACAUCACCUGUGAAUCCUACAAUGCCAUGUAA